GGGCUUGGUACUGCAGCAAAGCAUCAACAUCGAGCAUCAGAAGCAAGCAUCCACCCAGAAUACUACAGCUACUGCAAGUAUUACUCAUCUGGUACUGCAUCCGGACCGACACAGCACAGACAGAGUGAGCAGCUUCCUACGAGUCCAUCACCCCGACACCAGGAUGUUUGGGGGCGUGUCCGGGCGGAUCCAGAAGGAGCGUCAGAGGGCUGGAGGUCUUGGUUCAGUCCAGCAGGCGGUUCACUACAUGAACCAGGACUUCCAGGUCCUGAGGGAGGACUGUGUGCAGAACGGUUCCCUGUUCCAGGACCCGAUGUUCCCAGCAGAACCGUCCUCACUGGGCUUCAAGGAACUCGGACCAUUCACCGCCAAGACCAGAGGGGUGGAGUGGAAGAGGCCAACGGAGCUGACAGAGGAGCCUCAGUUCAUUGUGGGCGGUGCCACUAGGACGGACAUCUGUCAGGGAGCUCUGGGAGACUGUUGGCUGCUCGCUGCCAUUGGUUCUCUGACUUUGAACCAACGUCUGCUGCACCGCGUCGUUCCUCAUGGUCAGAACUUCAACCAACAAUACGCCGGCAUCUUCCACUUCCAGUUCUGGCAGUUCGGGGAGUGGGUGGACGUGGUGAUCGAUGAUCGUCUGCCGGUCAAAGACGGCGAGCUGAUGUUCGUCCACUCGGCCGAAGGCAGCGAGUUCUGGAGCGCUCUGCUGGAGAAGGCCUACGCCAAGUUGAGCGGCUCGUAUGAGGCCUUGUCUGGCGGCAGCACCACCGAAGGCUUUGAGGAUUUUACAGGCGGCGUGGCAGAGAUGUACGAUCUGAAGAAUGCUCCCGGAGAUCUUCAUCGUAUCAUCAUCAAAGCUCUGGAGAGAGGGUCCCUGCUGGGCUGCUCCAUCGAUAUCACCAGCGCCUUCGACAUGGAGUCUGUGACCUUUAAGAAGCUGGUCAAAGGCCACGCCUACUCUGUGACUGGACUCAGACAGGUGGAGCACCGCGGGCAGCAGGAGCGUCUGAUCCGGAUCAGAAACCCCUGGGGUCAGGUGGAGUGGACCGGCGCCUGGAGCGACAGCUCCUCAGAGUGGAACGCCAUCGACUCAGCAGAGAAGGACGACAUGCUCUGUAAGAUGGAGGACGGAGAGUUCUGGAUGUCUUUCCAGGAGUUCCUGCGUCAGUUCUCCAGGUUGGAGAUCUGUAAUCUGACACCGGACGCUCUCAGUCAGGACUCCACCAGCUUCUGGACCACUGUGACGUUUGAAGGGGGCUGGAGGAGGGGGAGCACCGCCGGCGGCUGCAGGAACCAUCCCAACACGUUCUGGAUCAACCCUCAGUAUAAGAUCUCCCUGCUGGAGGAGGAUGACGACCCUGAUGAUGAAGAGGCCACCUGCAGCUUCCUGGUGGCUCUGAUGCAGAAAGAUCGCCGCCGCUACCGCAGCCACGGACAGGACAUGCACACCAUCGGCUUCGCUAUCUACGAGAUUCCUGACGAGUUACAAGGUCAUCCCAGUGUCCACAUGAAGAAGGAGUUCUUCCUGCGUCACUCGUCCUGCGCUCGCUCCGAGUCCUUCAUCAACCUGAGAGAGGUGAGCAACAGGCUCCGCCUCCCGCCAGGCGAGUACCUGAUUGUCCCGUCGACCUUUGAACCCUCAAAGGAAGCGGACUUCGUCCUGAGGGUGUUCACUGAGAAACAGUGCGAGACCAGGGAGAUGGACGACGACGUGGAGGGAACCUUCGACACGGAGGAGGAAAUAUCAGAGAGCGACAUCGAUGAUUCCUUCAGGUCGAUGUUCACUCAGCUGUCAGGAGACGACCUGGAGAUCUCCGUCCGAGAACUCCGAACCAUCCUGAACCGAGUCGUCUCCAAACACAGAGACCUGCAGACGGAUGGUUUCAGUAUGGAGUCCUGCAGAGCCAUGGUCGGCCUCAUGGACAAAGACGGCAGCGCUCGCCUUGGGCUGCUCGAGUUUCAGAUUCUCUGGAACAAGAUCAGGAAGUGGCUGGUAAUCUUCCGAGAGUUUGAUCUGGAUAAAUCCGGAUGUAUGAGUUCCUACGAGAUGCGCCUGGCUCUGGAAAAUGGAGGGUUCAAACUCAACAACAAGCUGUACCAGAUGCUGGUCGCUCGAUACGCCGACAACGAAGUCAUCGACUUCGACAACUUCACCUGCUGCCUGGUCAAGCUGGAGGCCAUGUUCAAAACUUUCCAGGAGCUGAACAAAGACGGAACAGGACAAGUCGAAGUCAACGUCAUUGAGGUGAAAGAAAACAGAUUCAGAAACCAGAGCAGAAUUAAAACCAGAUUCAGAACCAGAUUCAGACUGCGUGUGACGUGUAAACUCUUCUAUCUCCUCAGUGGCUGCUGUUGACCAUGUGUGGAUGAAACUACUUCCUGCUGCCGAACUUCAAAGUGCCUCCGACAGGAAGAACAACUCAAAAGCAACGACAAACAGUACUGCUGUAGUACUGUAGUACCACUGUAGUACUACAUAUUCACAGUACUGAAGCAUAAUCACUGUUAACUCCCAGCUGCUGCAUUUACUCUCAGAUAGAGGGCGCUACAGCCCCGACAACAUGGCCUCUGCAUUUAUAUAUUCAUUUAUCGACUGAUAUGACAGAAGUGCCAUCUUCCACUGCUCCCCCUGCAGGGGAGGAGGACUGAGCAGGAAGCGCAGCCUGUAAGUCAGAGCUCAGGGUUUUAAUAUUUAUUUACAGGUCAGUGAAAGCCUCAUGAGGAGGAGGCGUUCAGCUUAGAUAGAUGAUAGAUGUACUUUAUUUAUCCCAAUUUGGGAAAUGAUUGUGUCACAGCAGCAUGUAACGGGCUUUGCACAUGGAACAAAAGACUAAAUACAAAAGAGACAAGUGCAGAAUUGCAGUAGUUUGAAAAGUAAAGUUAGGAACAUGACUGCAAUGAUUUCACCUCAAACAAACUCUGAUGACACGUCAGCUUCAUGUUUUCAAUUAUUAAAGUAAAAGAACGGAAUAGAA